UUUUAGUCUGUCAUCUAAUUUCCACUUGAAAUACAUAAGUACUUUUGAAAUUUUAUCGAUAGUUUCAAUUCACUGAUGUCUCCAAUUUCAUCAAAACUAUUUGCAAUUUAAAAAACGAACUGAAUAAGAACUCCACGAGCACUUCGCAAAAAAAAAACAUUCCUAAAGAAAUCCUUUAAUACCCAUCCAUAUAUUUACAGCUUAAAUUAUAAUUCAGGAAUUAGUUGCUGCUGCUCCUAAACCGUUUUUAUGCCAACUAAUUAGAAGAGUUUGCGAUAAACUCAUCAGAGGAAUGUGGACAAGAAACGUCUUUCUUAAUAACAUCGGCAUCUGUGCGUGCAUGAGAAUUAAAUCCUCUCUAGUUUCAUAAUAAUAUAUCAAUUUAAUGAUUUUAAUAGCUGCUGCCACUGGACUAUGGAACAAUUGAAAUUCUUCUGAUGGUGCGUUAUUGUUGCAAAAACAUUCAUACAACCGAUGUCUUACAAUAAUUCGCUCAGUAUGACUUGAUUUAAUAAUAAUACAAAUCGACUCUUGUUGAAUACCAAAAUAGCUUUAAUGGAUGGCCAAAGAGUUUACUGUUAUUAUGCUCGCAUGGAAGUAAUUCUAAAUAGAUUUAUGAUUAUAAUAAUAAAUAACCAAAUCAUGUGGGCAGCUGAAAAUUUUCACGAAAAAAACAAAACACGCCCAAAAUGUGUCCAGGUGUAAAAUGCGGGCGAAGAAACGCACGAGCCAAAUGGAUACAUAAUUUACCUUUUUUUAAAACCAUCUUUUCGUCAGUUGGUAAAGGGUCAGAAGUUAUGUUCGGUUACAUUGAAGAGGAAGUUUUGUUCUAUGAGAAAUCAAAAAAACCAUCAAAAGCGAAAAGCUAUUCCGGACACGUGCCUCAUAAGGAAAAACCACCACAAGUGGUUGCUAAAAGAAACGCUAGGGAGAGGAGGAGAGUUGAAGCUGUUAACGAUGCUUUUGUUAAACUGAGAAAUGCUGUACCUAUCCAGAAUACAAGGGGUAAACGGAUAAGUAAAGUAAAAACCCUCCUUUGCGCCAUCGAUUAUAUUCGUGCCCUGGACCAGAUUCUGCAAGAUUGUCAUCGCAAUUUUUCAUCUUCCUAUAAUGACGUGCUACAGUUAGAAAAUGAAGACCGCUCACCAAUGGCAUGGGAUUUUGCGUUUUAAUA